AUGCCUCGCUUCCAGAUUCGAGACUUUGAUAUCCAAAUUCUUUUCUUCCUUGCCUCCAUUCUCAGUCGCAAUGCCGCUAUAUCUGCCUUUCUUCUUCUCAUUCUUCUGACCCGCACCAUCGUAUGGCCUAUAGUAGCACCCUUGAUGCCGAGUGCACGUCUCGCAGAGCUUGAAUCAGCACUAAAAGCGACCUACCCACUGCUCGAAAUGCAAGAUAAUAUAUCUCAUCCCACUUACAAUUCCCGCAUCCGCCUGAAAGGUUUUGAGAGGGAGGUCCUCAGACUUUUCAAGAUGCGCCUAAAUAUACAACGUCGAUUGAUUCUUGGCGGGUACUCCUGGAAGGAAUACUUUUGUGACAUGUGGAGUAUCUGGCGCGGGGCUCAAGCUUGUCGAGAGAGGGUCGAUGUAUUUCGAGUCGAAUUGGAGGCCAGGGUUCUACAUUCUCGAGUCGCUUAUUUGACACUCUCGAGUUAG